AUGAGUUAUUGGGAGUGGUGGAAGUGUAGUGGCGGUGGCGACUGUGGUAAUGACAGUGACAGUGACGAUGACAAUGAUGUUAUAAGCAUAUUUGGAAAAAGGAAAAAGAAGAAGAAGUUGUUCAUAUUGCUGUGCUGUUCUGAGUUUGGCAAUUGGCGCCGUGAGAGAGAGCAACAGCUCGUGCCCGGUCUGAAACUGAGGUGGCACCUUACCUCUCUUCGUUUCCUGCCUCAGAUUCAGAUCCACCGUUUCAACCAGAUUCUUGUACAUAGGUAUUUACUAAAUGAUCAGUCUCCUUAUGAAAAUGAUUCAUCACACCUAUCUUUGAAUAGCAGCACCACCAAAGAGGCAAUACUUCAGCAGGUUCGCCUCAGCCUUCCUUACUCUGUUAUUUUACUUAAUUCGUCAAAUGAAGUAGUACAAUCAGUCUCAUUUGAGUCAGAGAGAGCAGAAACCCGCCUGAAUAGUUCAAUCUCUAAGAGUAAAAGGGAGGAAAAGCUUGCUGAUGCAACAAAAAAUACAAGAUUUUCACCACCUCUUGGUGUUCCUUCUUAUAAGCAGAGACACAUACAAUUGUCGCCACCUCAUGAGGCCCUUGUGUAUGCAAAGAAAGAGAUUGAUAAUGCCCCUUUGGUUAAUGAAGAUCCUGAUCUCUAUGCUUCUUUAUUUAGGAACAUUUCUGUUUUCAAAAGGAGCUAUGAACUGAUGGAAACGAUACUCAAAGUUUAUAUAUAUCGGGAUGGAGCAAGGCCCAUUUUUCAUACACCUUUCCUUAAGGGAAUCUAUGCUUCUGAAGGAUGGUUUAUGAAGUUAAUGGAGGGAAAUAAGCAAUUUGUCACCAAGGAUCCUGAGAAGGCUCACUUAUUUUAUCUUCCAUACAGUGCACGCCAAAUGGAAUUAGCACUCUAUGUGCCUGGGUCACAUAACUUGAAACCAUUAUCGCUCUUUCUUAGGGACUAUGUGAACAAGAUUGCUGCAAAGUAUCCUUUCUGGAACCGCACACUUGGGUCGGACCAUUUUCUUGUUGCUUGCCAUGAUUGGGGUCCAUACACAGUGACUGGCCAUGAGGAAUUAGCCAGAAACACUAUCAAAGCUUUAUGUAAUGCUGAUCCGUCCGAAGGAGUGUUCCUAGCAGGAAGAGACGUUUCACUACCAGAAACCACCAUAAGGGCACCAAGAAGACCUCUUAGACAUCUUGGGGGAAAUAGAGUAUCGCUACGUCCAAUCCUUGCCUUCUUUGCUGGAAGCAUGCAUGGUAGAGUGCGUCCCACGCUUCUUAAGUAUUGGGGUGGUGGAAAUGAUGCAGACAUGAAAAUCUACAAGCGUUUACCUUUGAAAGUUUCCCAACGGAUGACAUAUAUCCAACACAUGAAAUCGAGUAAAUAUUGUAUAUGUCCGAUGGGGUUUGAAGUCAACAGCCCUAGAAUCGUCGAAGCCAUAUAUUACGAGUGUGUUCCCGUGAUCAUAGCAGAUAACUUUGUUCUUCCUUUUAGUGAAGUUCUGGACUGGAGUGCUUUUUCCUUGGUCGUGGCUGAGAAAGAUAUUCCCAAGCUGAAGGAAAUUCUAUUAUCCAUUCCUAUGAGAAAAUAUAUUACAAUGCAAAAUAAUGUGAAGAUGGUACAGAAGCAUUUCCUUUGGAACGCAAGGCCAAUAAGAUAUGACUUGUUUCACAUGAUCUUGCAUUCAAUAUGGUACAACAAGCUGAACCAGAUUCAAAGUUCACAGAUGUAAAAAUCGUUUUUGGUAUCUAUUUAUAUUGAAUUUGAAUGCCUGAGUUCUGUUUCGGUGAGAUUCUGGAUGGAAUGAAAAGUAUUCUUGAUGGAUUGGCAUCAUGCAUAAGAAUUUUGAUUGUUAUUAUCUGGAGAUGAUGUCUGGAGAAUGGUUAUCAUCUUUGGAAUGAGUUGUGGCCUUUAUUUCCAAGCCCAUUAACCGUGAACUAUAUUGUUUAUUUUGUACAAAAACUGAGGGAGAUUUUUUUGUUUUUUUUCCUAGUUACUUUAUCUUGAUUUAGAUUUCAAUGUAUAAUAUUAGUUCUUAAUUUCUUAAAAACGAAACACAAAAGGAGGAAAGGAGGGGUUGAAAUGGAUAUUGUUUUCUA